AUGCCAGAGAAGAUGAAUGUUGGGCUAACCUUCUGUUUUGCUGGCAGCGUUUCUGCUUCCGAGGCCAGGAGGGAAGGAAGAACCGGUUCCACCCUCAGCUACGUGGUGUUUGCACAAGAAAAGCCCACCGAGAAAUAUCUGGAAAUGAGGCAACUCUCCAGUGGAUCUUACAAUAGAUUGGCACACAACCACACCAGCCUGGAACCCCUUGUUUUCUUCCUGUCUGGGAUUCCUGGACUGGAACACGCUCACCGCUGGAUCUCCAUCCCCUUCUGCUCCGUGUUUGUCAUCUCCCUUCUGGGCAACUGCUCCCUCCUCUACGUGAUCAAGACGGACCAGAGUCUCCACAAUCCCAUGUUCUUCCUUCUCUCCAUGCUGUCCUCCAUCGACCUGGUGUUGUCCCUCACCACCACGCCCAAAACCCUGGCCGUCUUCUGGUUCAAGGCUGGGGAGAUUGGGUUGGCUGGCUGCCUGGUGCAGAUGUUUUUCCUGCAUUCUUUUUCCAUCAUGGAGUCUGCGGUGCUCUUGGCCAUGUCCUUCGACCGAUACGUGGCCAUUUGCCACCCUCUGAGGUACCACAGCAUCCUGACCCAUUCCUUGGUGGCCAAAGCCGGGCUGGUGGCCUUGAUGAGAGCAGUCGCCCUGAUGCUGCCCCUCCCUUUCCUGCUUGGGAGACUGUCCUACUGCCACUCCUUCACUAUUGCCCACUGCUACUGCGAGCACAUGGCCCUGGUGAGGCUGGCUUGCUCCGACACCCGCUUCAAUAACCUCUACGGGAUCUUCGUGGCUCUCCUGAUUGUUGGCCUUGACUUGGGCUUCAUCCUACUGUCCUACGCCAAGAUCCUCAGAGCCGUCUUGAGCUUGGCCACCAAGGAGGAACAACACAAAGCCUUCGGCACCUGCCUCUCCCACAUGUGCGCCAUCUUGGUCUUCUACGUCCCUGUGGUUCUCUCCUCCGUCAUACACAGGUUUGGCCACCAUGUUCCCGCCUACAUCCACAUCCUCUUGGCUAACUUCUACCUGCUCUUCCCACCAAUGAUGAACCCCAUUAUUUAUGGGGUGCAGACAAAGCGGAUCCGAGAGAGGGCUCUCCAUCUCUUCCAUCACCAGCAGCUCUUACGAAAGGCAACCUUGUAA